CUAUGACGUGUGAUCGCACGUAAAUUGCGCAGGGUUUUACGUAAAGCUACAGCGGUCGCGACGCAAGCAUUGGAACACUGCCUCAUAAAAUGGAGGAUCGUGGAGAAGAAGCAGAGAGUGAAGAUGAAUUGUAUGAGGUUGUUAACAUCACAGAUUAUGCCAGGAGGCAUCAGUGGUGGAGUCGUGUUUUUGGGACUAGUACAGGACCCAUUGCUGAAAAGUACUCUGUGGCUUCACAGAUCAUGAUGGGUGGGGUGACAGGAUGGUGUGCUGGUUAUCUCUUUCAGAGGGUUGGAAAAAUUGUGGCAACUGCUGUUGGAGGAGGAUUUCUUUUGUUACAAAUUGCCAACCACAGUGGCUAUGUGCAGGUGGACUGGAGGAAAGUGGAAAAGGAUGUCAAUAAAGCUAAAAAGCAUUUGAAAAAAAAGGCAAACAAAGCAUCUCCUGAGCUCAGUUCCUUUGUUGAAGAGUCUACAGAAUUUGUGAAGAGGAAUAUUGUUAUCUCGAGCGGAUUUGUUGGAGGAUUUCUGCUGGGUUUGGCAUCCUAAAUUAAACCUGGACCUACUGCCACUGGUUUAAAUUAUAUUCUCCCUCAUCUCAGUAUCAUGGAGAUAAAACACUGAAAUUUGAUGUGUUAUAAAAAGUAUGGUGUGCAAUGGACAUUUGAAAACCAUCAUUGAACAUAUUACUGUAAAAUGUUGUUCUUAACUGUACAAAGCUCAAACAUCCUAAAAAAGACAUCCUGUGCCAAUAACUUGUUUAUAAAAAUGUUGUCAUGCUAGGUUUUUCGUGGUUAUGUUCAGUUUUUUGCUUACUAUUUAUUAAUAAUACAUGAAGUUUGUUGCAAAUAUAACUUGCAUAAUGUGUCUUAUAUUUAGCUUUUGAGUAAAUUUCAGUUAAUAGAAUAGAAUAAUACACUUUCCAAAAACAAGUUUAUAUAUACAUUUCUUUUAGUGGUGUAUUUUUAUUAUACAGUGUAAUUCACCAAUGACAUUCAUCCAUCAUUCUCUAUACAUCUUCCCUGUUGGGGUUGCAGGGAGUGUUGGACUCUAACCCAGCUGUCUCGGGCAGAAGCAGUGAACUGCCCUGUACAGGUGGCCAAUACCAAAAACAUGUUUGUGGAAAUAAUAAAAUAUGUUUCUGGUUA